GCUAAUCGGGACUAGAAUUGAGGUCAUCUGAUACUGUGUUCAGGGCCUUUCCUUGCUACCGAUAGCCUCUUCUGUGCCAGGAAUCUUUCAGUUUUAGGAAGAUCGGCUGUUAUUUUUGUGCCAUUUUUGUCUAAAUGUUACCUUCCCCCUUUCUUAGGGCAGCCCUUAACUGCAGGUCUGUCAUGUGCGUGCGUAAGUUUUUGUCAUGUAAGUUUACACUGGAGCCAAGUAAUAAUCUUCCCCAGGGUACCACAAUAUAGUUUGGUUGAUGUGCGCUUUAGGACCACCUCUGUAACACGAAGUUUGAAAAGCCAUAUCUCAUACUGUGUGAAUAAUUGAGCACGUUUUAGGGCCCUUUUCAUCAUCCAGAAGUAAGGAAGAAUGCCAAGAGUCUGGGGCUGGCAGCAUGUCUUUAUACUGAUCCUGAAUCUGCAAAUUCCAGCCACUUUUAAAGGCAUGGCUAAUGUAAAAGCAGCCCCAAAGAUCAUUGACACAGAAGGUGGCUUCAUUCUAGAAGAGGAAGAAGAGGAACAACGUACAAUUGGGAAAGUUGUCCAUCAGCCAGGACCUGUUAUGGAAUUUGAUUAUGCAAUAUGUGAAGAAUGUGGUAAAGAAUUUAUGGAUUCUUACCUCAUGAACCACUUUGAUUUGGCAACUUGUGACAACUGCAGAGAUGCUGAUGAUAAACACAAGCUCAUAACUAAAACAGAAGCCAAACAAGAAUACCUUCUGAAAGACUGCGAUUUAGAAAAAAGAGAACCAGCUCUAAAAUUUAUUGUGAAGAAGAAUCCUCAUCAUUCGCAGUGGGGUGAUAUGAAACUCUACUUAAAAUUACAGAUUGUGAAGCGGUCUCUUGAAGUUUGGGGUAGUCAGGAAGCAUUAGAAGAAGCAAAGGAAGUUCGACAAGAAAACCGAGAAAAAUUGAGACAGAAAAGGUUUAAUAAGAAAGUAAAAGAAUUACGGCGGGCGGUGAGAAGCAGCGUGUGGAAAAGGGAAACAGUUGCUCAUCAGCAUGAGUACGGACCAGAAGAAAGCCUGGAGGAGGAUGUAUACCGGAAGACUUGCACCGUGUGUGGCCAUGAGCUGACCUAUGAGAAAAUGUGACUAGUUAAGUGUACCAUUGCCACGGAUGAAUGGAACGCUCACGUAACCAUGCUUCAGGGAGCAAUCUGUAUGCUGUGGCUUAAAAGCAAGUUUCAGUUACGGUCCAGCAGGUCUGGUUGUGGGCAAAAUACUGGGUCUGAUUGCUUUUUUCUACAGCAGGGAUGGGAGCCAAGGGGUGGAGUAGAUUCAGAAGUUAGGUUAGAGCCAAAAUUGAGAAAUAACAAGCCAAGCCAAACCCUAGAUUGGAAUAGGAGGAAGACCUUUGAGUAAUGGCAGAAGCUGGCUGAACAGGAUCCUUCUCCUGGGAGACAACAGGGGCAGCGGUAGAUCCUGAAUCCGUGGUGGGCUGGGUCUUCUAGACCCUUUGUCUUCACAUGAGGGAGCCCGGGAGCUGUUGUUGGACGAGUCCUGAUUCCCAGCAGGAAGUGAGUUGUGGGAGUCUGAUCAUGUUUCCUGUAUCCUUGGUUAUUUACCACCAUAGGCCUUAAUGCCCGUGUCUAGGUAGCCCUUUUCAAAUCUAGGCUCAAAUGGAAAAACAGCCAUAUUGUCUUACUGAUCAAAGAAGGUACUGUUAGUAAGUUUAUUGUAACUUGCUAACACUACUGAGCAUUUCCCAUGGGCCGGGCAGGGAUGCCUAGUGGCUUACAGGUUUUCUCCUGUAAUCCGGAGGGAAGACAGCUUCUGUGUGUGUUUAGCACUUCUGAAGGAGGCGAUUGCCUAUAACCCACCAUCAACCCGGACAUCUGGAUCAAGUUUAUUUAGUUCUGCCCCGGUCUUAUCAAAAGGCUUACCAGGGUAGUUAUAGCUAAGAAGAUUUGAUCCAAAUGUGCAUUACAGGGUUUGUGCUCCCCCCCCCCCCCCUUUACAAAACCAUUCAAUUAAGACAGACCUCAUAUUUUCAAAGCGUUUCUGUGACCUGGCUUUUUUAGUCCUGUUGCUACAAACAGAAGAAAUAGCAUGUUUAUGUUUUCAUUUUCCUUUCUAGAUCAGAUCAUGCAGAUUAUGCUUGAAGAAAGGCAAGUCUGAACAGGUCCAACCCAAAUAGGCUUAAGACUGUAAUUACUAAUUGUUCUCUAUACAGGUAUUCAAUGUAGAAAUGUUUAAUAUAUGUAAAUAUAAACAAUGUA